CGGGCGGGUGGGCCGGCGAAUCUCCCUCCCGGCUACCUCGCUCCUGGACAAGCCCGGAGCCUCAUUCCCCUCUCCUUCCCAGUUUUAGGUCCUUCCGGCUGCUGAAGAACGACCCCGUGAGCUUCCAGAAAUGUCCCUACACCAGCGAGGAUGAGGCGUGGAAAAACUAUUUGGAAAAUCCCUUGACCGCCGCCACGAAGGCCAUGAUGAGAGUCAACGGGGACGACGACAGCGUCGCCGCCCUGAGCCUCCUCUAUGAUUACUACAUGGUCCCGAAAGAGAAGAGGAUCCUGUCCUCAGGCAGUGGAGGAAGGAAUGACCUAGGAAAGAGGCAUUUCCCCGGGAUGGAGUACGAGCCGGAGCCCGGGCCCCUGGACAGCCCCGCCCACCUCAUGAAGUUCCUGAGCGAGACCGUCUCCGUCUCCGGCGCCCACGACUACCCGGACGCGACGGACGGGGGCAAGAAGAGCGGCGGCCUGAUGAGCCUGGAGGCCGGGGGCCCCGUCCCGAGCAAGCCGGCCCUCCUGCCCCCGGGGCCCAGCAAGCUGGAGGCCAGCCCGGCGGCCUCGGAGAGCUACCUGCUCCCCGCCGCCGGAGACAUGUACGACGGCGGCUCCCUCAACUCUCUGUUCGAGGCCGUGCACAUGGCCCAGGCCCAGCCACGCUGGCAGCCCGACACCACCUUCAAGGAGGACCCCCAGGAGCCGCUCCUCUUCCCAGACAUCCUGAAAGCCUCCAGCGAGACCCCUUGCCCCGAGGAUUACCCCAGCACGAAGAGUGACUUUGAAUACACCCUGGGCUCCCCCAAAGCCAUCCACAUCAAGUCGGGGGACUCGCCCAUGGCCUACCUCAACAAAGGCCAGUUCUACCCGGUCACCCUGCGGACACCGGGGGCCGGACGGGGCCUCCACUUAUCGUCAGACAGAGUGAAGAGUGUGGUCAUGAUCGUCUUCGACAACGAAAAGAUUCCGGUGGAGCAGCUACGGUUCUGGAAACACUGGCACUCCCGCCAACCCACCGCCAAGCAGCGGGUCAUCGACGUGGCGGACUGCAAAGAGAACUUUAAUACGGUCCAGAACAUCGAGGAAGUGGCCUACAACGCCUUGUCCUUCGUGUGGAACGUCCACGAGGAAGCCAAGGUGUUCAUCGGUGUCAACUGCCUGAGCACGGACUUCUCGUCUCAGAAAGGAGUGAAAGGAGUUCCGCUCAACCUCCAGAUCGACACCUACGACUGCGGGCCCGGGGUUGGCCAGCUGGUACACCGGGCCGUCUGCCAGAUCAAGAUCUUCUGCGAUAAGGGAGCAGAGAGGAAGAUGCGAGAUGACGAACGCAAGCAGUUCAGAAGGAAAGCCAAGUGUCCAGACACCAACCACAACGGGCUGAAGGGCUGCCUGCUGGCAGGUUUCCGGGGCAACGAGACCACCUACCUGCGGCCUGAGGCCGACCUCGAGACCCAGCCUGUCCUCUUCAUCCCCAACGUCCACUUCUCCGGCCUUCAGCGGACCACAGGGGCCCUGCCUCCUGCUGCUCCCAACAGCGCAAACAGGUUGUCGCUGAAACGAGGCAGUGCCUCCUUCUCGGAUGAGUUCGACCCUCUGCCUGCCAAGCAGGUCAAGGAAGACGACCCUCAGAGAGUGCUACUGUACGUCCGGAGGGAGACGGAGGAGGUGUUCGAUGCCCUCAUGCUGAAGACCCCAGACCUGAAGGGACUGAGGAACGCAAUCUCGGAAAAAUACGGCCUGCCCGAAGAAAGCAUCUGCAAGGUCUACAAGAAGUGCAAGCGAGGGAUCCUGGUCAACAUGGACAACAACAUAAUCCAGCAUUACAGCAACCACAUGGCCUUCUUGCUAGACAUGGCCGAAUCGGGCAGCCAAAUCCAGAUCAUCCUCAAGGAGCUGUAGGCCCGAACGUCACUCGGCCGGAGGGUCCCCUCGGUCCCCCCUCGGCCGCCGAAGCGACAGCAAACCGAACCCAACCUCGCUCCACGCCUCACUGCCUCACUGCCGUUACUUGAACGCGUUCCCCCGGAGGAGGCGCUCGGCGAAUCACGAAGUACUUCCGAGACUCGGCCGACGUCGGACUUCGGCCUCGCUGCAGGUUUCGGUGGGAUUAUCCGGUUGCUCCGGCGACGGAGAUGUGCCCCCCCCUUCCCUUCGCGGCCCGGUCGCCGUGCCCGUCGGCGAGAGCCGGUCCACGUCCGCUGCCGCCUCCCGGACCGACGGCUGGACGCUUUGGUUCGGCUUUUGUUCCGCCGUCGUUUGUCUUGGCUCCGGGCGGGGGGCUUCUCAGCCGCUUCGGGCAGAGACGUCGACAGCAGCCGGCUCUGAGGGAAACGCUGGUGGAAAGCGCCAUUUUCCAGAGAAGGGGACGACGUUGGAAACCUAAGGUUGCCUAACCAGGCCCCCGCUCCUACACACACACCCUCAGACACGUACACACAAAUCCGCCCACACACCCAGACAAACACGUACCCACACACCCCUCCGCGGACCCACACUGCUGCCAACAACGCUGAAAAUAGCUCUAAAACCAGGACUCUGAUUGUACCACGUCACUGUUUUAUACAUUUCUUAUUUGUGAUUCCUUUUAUAUUAUAUAUAUAUAUAUAGAUAUAUAUUGUACAAAUAUGCCACAUUUUAUAUUUUACACGGUUACAUUUUUAUCAUUUCAAAAAAUGUGCUGUUUCACAUUUCUCAGUGUAUUAUUUUUUAAACUGUUGUUUUUGGUUUUUUUUUUGUAUAUUCUUAUUUAGUAAUAAAGGUUUGACUCUGUACAGCUCCCAACC